AUGGAUGAACCAAUUUUCAAACUUCCAGAAAUAAUUGACAACGAAAAUGGCUGGGGUCCUUCCCCUGCGAUGUUACCAGAAAAAUUCAGAGAUAUACCGUAUGCACCUUAUAGCAAAGCUGACAAGCUAGGUCGGAUUGCUGAUUGGUCUUCACCAGAACAGAAAGAGAAGGAGACUACCGGAAGAACAAGAGCAAGUUAUCGCUAUCGAGAUCAAUAUACAGCUUACGGUUAUGGUGCGUCCAAUGCUUUUGCUUAUACACAUGCUGAAGACGAAGCUUCCUUUUCUGUCGUUGAUAACCGCUCGGCUGCUCAAAAGAAAGCUUCAUAUAGAACUACUGGAGGCACAAAGAACCGUCCUGGCACGCGGAACCAACAACAACGUCAGCAAAGGAAUGGUCAAUAUCAAAGGCUAGGCAUGAACAACCGAGGGGCUACUGGGAAUAAGAUGACUGCUGUCAAUGUCAGAAGACGAUUUGGCUGGAAAGAUUAUGAUAAGCCUCAGCGUGCGCGUGAUGCGUCAGUUAACGUUGGUCCUGAAUGGCAAGUUCUUGAAGAAAUUGAAUUUAAUCGUUUAUCCAAAUUAAACUUGGAUGUGGACGAAGGCGAAGAUAUUUCAUCUCAUGGUUUCUUGUACUAUUAUGAUAAGAGUUAUGAUCGUGUUAACACGAAAAUGGAAAAAGCAUUGCAACCAAAUGAGCGCGUGCGAUAUUUUAUUACAACAUCCAAAGAUCCAAUUAUCGAACAACUUGCAAAAGAUGAUGAGGCUACAGUAUUUGCCACAGAUACUAUUUUAAGUAUUCUGAUGUGUGCUCCGAGAUCUGUAUAUCCGUGGGAUAUAGUUAUUAAUCGUAUUGGCAACAAGCUUUUCUUCGAUAAACGAGCCAAUGAUUAUGUUACCGUUAACGAAAAUGCCACGGAUCCGCCUAUUGAAACCGGGGAUAAAGAUAGUAUCAAUUCGCCCAUUGCUCUUUCAAUGGAAGCAACUAUAAUUAAUCAUUGCUUCGCCAUGCAAGUAGUUAACGAGUCAGAAAAGUAUGAAUUUGAUAAACCAAAUCCUUUCGGUAGUUCUGAUGAUCUAGAAUUUAUGGCACCAUGUGCUUAUCGUUAUCGUCGGUUUGAUCUCGGAAUUAAUGAAGAGGAAGAUGUGCAUCUUAUUGUUCGUACGCAAUUAGAUUCGGCUGUAAAAACUCCUACAGGUGAUUCAUUCAUUACCAUAAAAGCUUUGAAUGAAUUUGAUUCCCGUUCUCAGGGUGCAGGAGGUGCAUUGGAUUGGCGGCAAAAAUUAGAUACUCAACGAGGAGCUGUUGUUGCCACUGAAAUGAAAAAUAAUAGCUGUAAAUUAGCUAGAUGGGCAGUUCAAAGCAUUUUAGCUGGUGCAGAUCAGAUGAAAUUAGGAUAUGUUUCGCGUGCUGGUCCAAAAGACAAUCGUCGUCAUGUGAUAUUGGGCACACAAUAUUAUAAACCCCGCGAUUUUGCUGCGCAAAUGAAUUUGUCAGUUUCUAAUGGAUGGGGUAUUGUGCGGACUGUUAUAGAUCUUUGCAUGAAGUUGCCAGAGGGUAGAUAUGUGUUGCUUAAAGAUCCAAACAAGCCUGUAGUUCGUCUGUACUCUGUUCCUCCAAAUACAUUUGAAUAA